AUGGUUCUGAUCGAGCGCACGCCGUGCGCGGGGGCAGCCCCCUUCAGUCCGCUCCAGAGAUCCACUCCUAGGGUUUCGCGGGAGGCGUCGCCGCCGUCCGACCCCAUCCUCCCGUACCUCAGGUCUAUCAAGAAGGCCAUUGAUGAGAUCAGGGCACACCCAGAAUGUUAUCAUGCAGCACUUGAACAGCUCAAGAUUUAUGUCACAGAGUGCAUUGAUAAGUAUGGGGACGAUUACCAGUACUCCACUGACCCCCGGCUCCUGAAGAUCUGGAUCCUCUAUGGGGAUGCAGUUUCUGAUUUUGACAAGGUGUAUACACAUUUGGAGGAUAAAAGAAUGUUCUUAGAGGAUGCACUGCUCUAUGAAUCAUAUGCACUGUUUCUGUGUGCUCAGGGGAGAGCGCUCGAGGCUGAUAAGGUCUAUGGGAUUGGUAUUUCCAGAAAAGCCGAGCCCCUUGAUCAUUUGAAGAAGAUGCAUAUCAACUUCUUAAAACAAUUGGAGGGUAUUGUAGAAGAAUCUGAUGAGGAUGCACAGCCCAAACCAUCUAAAAUACAAAAAAGGGAGUUUAGUGUGGUUGAUCCAUGGUCAGAUUCUACCAUGAGCAAUUUGCUAACGAAAAUUAAUGGUGGCCUCAAGAAGUUAACAGGCUAUCAUAAGAGCAACAAGAUCUACUCAGGAAAGGUGCCCCUAACUUCCUCACAUAAUGCUUUAAAAAAUAAAGUCGUCGAGUUAGGUGGCAGGAAAUAUCACAUCAAAGGUUCUUCUGGUACUGGUGCUUUUGCUAAAUUAUACAAAGCUAGUGUUGAUGGUAACACGGAAGAAAUAGUUGCUUUGAAGGUUCAAAAGCCUGCAUUUCCUUGGGAAUUUUACAUGUACCGCCAGCUUGAUAUGCGGAUAUCUGAUAUUCAGAGACCAAGCUAUGGCUAUGCACAUGAAGUGCAUGUCUUUGCUGACGUCAGUGUGCUAGUUUGCAAUUUCCUGCCAUAUGGAACUCUUCUGGACGCUAUAAAUUCCCAUUUAGUUGUUGGUCAGCACAUGGAUGAAGUUUUGUGCAUAUAUUACACUAUAGAGAUGUUGCACAUACUUGAAACUCUACAUAGUGUUGGCAUAAUCCAUGGUGAUUUCAAACCUGACAAUAUGCUUGUCUGCUAUCCAAGUGAAGAGAUCACAGACGAUACCUUCAGGAGCGAAACGAGAAGCGGGCAGAAUCAGGGGCUGUGUCUUAUUGACUGGGGCCGUGGCAUUGAUGUGAAUCUCUUCCCAGCCGGCACGGAGUUCCUUGGGGAUUGUGGAACCUCAGGGUUCAGUUGUAUCGAAAUGCAAGAAGAGAGAAGCUGGACAUAUCAAGUUGACACUUUUGGUCUGUGCGUGGUUGCACACAUGAUGCUGCACGGGGAAGAGAUGAGCAUCGUUAAGGUGGCCGGAACAGGUGGAAGCUACAUGUACCAACCGAAAUUGUCAUUUAAAAGGUACUGGAACGUUGCGCUGUGGAAGCAGCUCUUCACCACGCUGCUGAACCCGGGCUCCAACGGGAACCACGUAGGCGACCUCCGGAGCCUCCGGAGAUCGUUCCAGGAUUACAUGUGCAGCAACUAUCAGCUGCUGGUCAAGCUGAACCAGCUGCUGACAAAGCAGAAGGCCUCCCUGUGCUCAUCCUGA